UUUUAAAAUAAAAUUUUAAUUUUUUAGAAUGAUAUAACAAAUGAGCAAAUUGAUUUACUGACUACUAUUUAUAAUGGAGUAACUUCUAAUGAUACAAAAAAAUUAACUGUUGACAUUUUGAAAAACAUUUUUAAAUCUCUUGGUCAGAAUAAAGAUGAUAAGGAAUAUGAUGAUAUGAUGGAAUACCUUGACUCUGAAAAUGAUGAUCAAACAGGACUCGAGAAAUUUUUGAGUUUAUUUUCACCAAAGGGUCAAAAAGAAAACGAGACAACAAUGUCCGAAAGUACUUCAAACGAAAAAGAUAUUUUUCAUAAAUUAUCAAAUGGAAAGUCUUACAUCACUCUUAAUGAUAUAAAUAGCAUUUCAAAAUUUGUUAAGAAUACAAAAUUGUUAGGUUGUCCUAAUAAAUAUAUAGAAGCGUUUAAAAACAUAGCAAGAAAAAAAGAAAAAAGCCGUAUUACUUUUGAGGAUUUCCAAAAUUUAAUAAAUUUGGAAAACGAAAACUGAUGGUUAUGUUAAUAUAGCCAAAGAUAUAUUAUUAAAUAUUUUUACUUUGUAUCACAAUCAAUGAAAUAUAUUUUAUAUAUUACUUUUCAAAUACUGUUUAUCAAGUAUAUAUUUGAAUAUAAGUUAAGAUACAAAUAAAGCAAUUGCAAAUAUCUUUUUA